CUUGUAAUUCUUUUUGCCACGCGAAAGAGACAAUACCCAGUUGUGCCUUCUCCACACACAAAUGAACUUAGACCAAACCGAAUUCGAUUAUAUUAUCCUGGGUACUGGACUUACGGAGUCCAUACUUGCAGCAGCCAUUGCAAAGACUGGAAAGUCAGUUCUUCAUGUUGAUGACGCUGAUUACUAUGGAGGCAAAUGGGCUGCCCAUUCGUUUGGCGAUCUUCUUAAAUGGAUAAGAACACAGAGAUUGGAUGGUGAUAUCGCCAACAAAGAGACAAACGACGCUCCUCCUUCAUUAAAUGGUUUAAGCAUAGAUGGAAAGCAUGCGGUCAAUGUGAAUGCCCUGAAAGCUCGCAACGAAAGCAUUCGACAUGUGUCCUUUUUUUGCUACCCGACGGAAUCCGAUAACAUAACCGAAGAUGACAAAUCCACGCUUUAUUCAGACACCAACAUACUGCUGGAUAUGAAUCGAGAAAGUCCUCUUGAUUAUGCCCGUGAUACCAUUGUUAAAGCCCUGAGCGAUCGGUUCACCAAUCCUAGCAAGAUCACUAAGGAAGCGAUCGAAUUUGAGGUGGAUCAACUUGUCCUCGGCUUUCCUCCCACUUCAUCUUUCUCUCUAGAUAUCAAGGACUCCAUUGGCCGAGUUCAAACCUUGAAAGAAGCUCUGGAUGCAUCUCGACAUUACAACUUUGACCUUUCACCAAAGUUACUGUCGUGUCGUGGAGAAAUGGUCGAAGUUUUAAUCAAGAGUGGAAUUGGUCGGUAUCUCGAAUUCAAGGGCUUGGAAGAGAGCUAUGUAUUUGAAGCUGAAUCACAGACAUUUGACAAGGUCCCUAUUUCUAAGGAAGAUGUUUUUUCAACGGAUACUAUCGCGCUGAUUGAUAAACGAAAAUUGAUGCGGUUUUUGACGCUUGCUAUGAGUGACGAGAUCGAUCCAUCUAUUCUUGAAACCUAUGGCAACCAGCCUUUUAAGACCAUGUUGGAAGAAAAAUUCAAGAUAAAUGGAAAACUUCAAAUGGCAAUUAUAUACGCAAUUGCUCUUGUUCAUGACGAUGCAGAAAAAGUGUCAGCAAGCGAGGGAUUAGAAAAAACGAGGGCAUAUCUCAAGUCUCUGGGUCGAUUUGGUCGUUGUGCGUUUUUGAGACCAUUAUAUGGUGGAGCUAGCGAAGUCGCACAGGCUUUCUGUAGGGCAUGUGCUGUUCAUGGAGGGAUAUACAUGCUGAAUCAACCUGUAGAUAAAUUUUUGCUGAAUGAGGAUCGAUCACAGGCAUCAGGCAUCGUCACUCGCGACGGUCAACAAUUCACCAGUAAAUGGAUCAUCGGUAGUAUGGAGUAUAUGAACGAAGAGUGGAUUUCUAAGCAAGCUGAAGAGGAAAGUACGCGGUGGACUUCCAGAGCGAUAUUGAUAACCAAUGAGCCACCCAUUAUAUCAGAGGGCUCGGAAAAAGAAAACAUCAGAUUUUCGGUAUUCCCACCCAGUGAACAAGAUGACAUUGCGAAGCCAAUAUUUGCCCUUCAACUGAGUAUCGAAAGCAUGAGCUGUCCACGCAACAAGUACAUGACCUACUUAUCAGUCAUUAGUGAUGAACCAGAACGAGAUGCUAAAUCCGAACUAGAGAAAGCAGUGGAGAAGCUGAUCAAAAAUUCCGAACAUAUCCAGCCAUUAUUCUUGCUAUACUAUAAACAACGCUCACAAGAAUCGAGCCUAAUUGCAACUGAUAGCAUCCCCAAGAAUAUCAUUGCUUGUAGCGAUCCUGAUGAGCUGCUAGACCUGGAUGAGCCGCUAUCUGAAGCGCAAAAGGUAUUCAUACGCUGUUGUGGAGAAGACGAAGAGUUUUUGCCCGCUCCGGAAGUAGACCCAGAUCUGGAAGAGUAAAACGACAAUAUAUCUUUAAACUUAACGUAAAGCUCAAUUUAAUAAAAGCCUGACUUUGUGAAAAAUUUCGCCAAGA